CUCUAUUUCUACCAACUUGAUUGUCAUCCUCAUCUUUCUACAAUUGACAUUUUGACCAUUCUCAAGUCAAACUCUGCAGAAAUAGUUGCCGAAAUAACCAUAUCAAUUCUUUCUUUUAGGAGGAACAACCUGUUUCAUGUGCUUUGUCCUUGAUAUGCAUAUAUGGUAAGAAACUCGCAACCAUUCUCGAGAGAGUUGAAACAUUUGAGAAGCUAGGCAAAUAUCUGGUCGAAUCAUUUCAUGUAGACGGUUCAUAUGAAAGAGUUGAAUACAUACUAGGGUUUUCUAUUCAAAAUCAAACAACAACAUCAUAGAUGUUGGUAGACAUUAUGGAUAGUUUGAAGAGACAGAAGGUUCAAACUAUCUAUAAUGUUUGCCAACAUCUGUGAUGUUGAUGUUUGAUCUUGAAUAGAAGAUCCGGUAUGAAUUCAACUCUUUCAUAUGAACCAUCCGCAUGAAAUGAUUCGACCAGAUACUUGCCUAGCUUCUCAAAUGUUUCAACUUUUUCGAGAAUGGUUGAGUUUCUUACCAUGUAUGCAUACCAAAGAUAAAGUACAUCAAACAUGUUGUUCCUCCUAAAAGAAAGAAUUGGUAUGGUUAUUUGGACAACUGUUUCUGCAGUUUGACUUGAGAAGGGUCAAAAUGUCAAUUGUAGAAAGAUGAGGAUGACAAUCAAGUUGGAAGAAAUAGAGGAGAAGCUGGCAAGACAAAUUCAUCGGAGACUCAGAAAGCCAGUAACUUUCUUCUAAUUCUCGAUGAUGUUUGGAAACCCAUUGACCUAAAACUUCUAGGCAUUCCACAGAUGAAAGAAGUCGAGGCUUCAAAGGUCCUUUUGGUUUUUCGGUUCUUGGAGGGUUGUCGGAGAAUGAAGACAGAUGUCGACAUCAGAGUGGAUUGCUUAGGUGAAGAAGAAGCUUGGCAAUUGUUUUGCCAAAACGAUAGGGAAGUAGCAAGUUCUGACCGCAUUAGACCACUGGCAAAUGCAAUUUCCCAUGAAUGUGGUGGAUUGCCUUUGGCUGUCAUGAGAGUGGGGACAACCAUGCGAGGGAAGCAGAUGGUCAAGCUAUGGAAACAUGCCUUGAAAGAGCUAAAGAGAUCAGUGCCUUGGGUCAAGAGUAUCGAAGAAAAGAUCUACUACGACUUGCUUGAUGACAAGAUGAAACCUUGUUUCCUCAUAUGCGCUUUGUUCCCUGAGGAUUACUCAAUUGAAGUAAUAGAACUGGCGAGCUAUUGGAUUGCAGAAGGAUUCAUAGAUGAGCAGGUUAACCACAAGUAUUCGAUGAAUGAAGGAAUUACCUUGGUCGAGAAUUUGAAGGAUGCUUGUUUGUUAGAAGAAGGUGUUCGUGAUGGCAUGGUUAAAAUGCAUGAUGUGGUCCAUGAUUUUGCCGUAUGGGUCAUGCCUUCCUCCCAAGAUGAUUGUCACUUCCUCGCAUCUGGCAUGAGCUUGAUUGAGAUUCCGUAAGAAAAGUUUGUUCCAUCUAUCCGAAGAGUGUCUUUGAUGAAUAACAAGUUUGAAAGGCUUCCUGAUUGUAGUGUAGAGUGUGAAAAAGUCUCUGCCUGCCUUUCUACUACAAGAUAACUUUCAGCUCCAAGAAGUUCCUGUAGGUUUCUUGCAAGGGUUAAUCUCUUUUGUUUAAUCCAAGAAAAAUGGAACAUCUCUAUAUCUAAUAAACUACAGAUUCGAAUUAAAGUAUUUUUAAUUUACAACUAUGUAAAGAA